UCAAUGAAAUAUUACAAUAUAUGAACUGGUUCUAAACGCUAUGCUUAAAUGCGCCGCACUGUGGGUACCAAAUCAAACUAACAUUUUUGUUCAAAAUUUCAAACAUACCAAUUGUGGAUAGAGUAAUUAAAUUUUUAAUGGAUUAAGCGGUGAACAUGCAUCAUUGUAUCUAAACAGCAAUGGAAGUAACAAGAUACAAGACUGACGCGAAGUGUUAUCCUCGUUACAAAUCUGCAACUGGGCGAUUAUCUGACAUUUCAAGACGAACGCAUUCCCUUUGGAACUCUACUUUCGGAGAAUCGUUUCCAACACAGGCACUUGACGAGGAGAUUGAAAGCGACACAAAAAGUUAUCAUGUAGAUUUAUUUCUAUUUGAUAGAAACGGAGAAAGGAAAAUAUCCUAUACUAAUGGCACUAACAUGUUAUUGCAUAAUGAAGGUAUAAGCCUCCAGGAAUCCUACAAAUGCGAUAAUGUGGUUACCUUCUUAAAUGAAAAACAACAUUUAUUGAAGUCUACAUCGGUUCUUAUCUUCCGAGACCACACAUGUCUUAGGAAUGAAAUAAAGAAUGUCUCAUCUAAACAAAAUGUUGUCAUUUUAUCGAGCAAACAAAAAUGGUGCACACUUGAGAAAACACAUGCACAACAUCCAAAUCUGAAGGUUUCUACAGACGACACAAUUGCAGCUGACAUCGGUUUAUUGCUUGAAAUUACAGCAUUUAAACCAUUCAGGCAUAAGUUCGAUAUCAUCAAAAGUGUUACGGAUGAAACACAGGUGUUCGCCCCACCUAAAGAAAAGGCCAAUGGCUCCUUAUCUGAUCCUCCAGCAACUGGACAUGUAAGCGGCUUGCAAUUUACUCGGACCAAAAAGGGAACUAAAAGGAAACAUUGUGACUACACAGACAAUUGGACUGAGACAUUAACUGGUAGCUCUCUUGAAAAUAAUGUCCGCGAAACAAGAAGUAAGAAUAUGCUGCGCAAAGCAGAGACGGGGACUCCACAAGACGGAAACUUAGGGUUUGUAUCCAGUAGUAUUAAACACAUCACUGACAACGGGAAAAAUAAGUUUGUAGAAAACAAACCCAAGUUUCAGCGUCUUUUGGGGGAGAUAAUUGGUAUGUAUAAACGAAGUAAGAUACCUGACGAUUUAAAGCCCUCUCUGGACGAUAUUCCAACGGAAACAGUAAGUAGAAAGGUAUUGACAGACUUGUACACCAUAAGUGGUUCGAUACAAGGAUACUCAUACCGUUUCCGCACCAGACUCCAGAUCUUUGUAUCAAAAGAUGACAUUGAUAGAUUAAAACCAAAAAUUGUCCAAACACUUGAAAAACAUGGUUUAGCACAAGGUGAUUAUGAUAUAGUUCCACCAAUUGAUGAUGUGACUCAUUACAAGAAAAUACACACCGGAGCGAGAGUAGAGAGGGGCAAACUUUAUGGCAGUAUUGCUGGAUUUGUUUCAAUGCACAAAGUAGAGCAGAGCGAGGAUUUGUGCGCAAUUGCAUCCAAGCAUCUCCUUGAUGGACAAAGAUCUGUAGAACUUACGAAUGACGAACUAAGAAUCACGGCUGAUGUCAUUCCGGAAACAGCCCCAGGUGAUCAACAAAUGGUUUAUGAUAUUGCUGCAGCAAAAAUCAGGACAAAUGACAAAAAAUACUGUGAUGGAAGAUUCAGAAACGAAAGUGGAAUAUUUAUGAAAGGAAAGAUAUGUAGCUAUGAUGAUGAUCAGCUCGAUUGCCAAUACGUGCAUACCUAUGGUGCAUCAACAUCCAGAGGUCAAGGCAUAAUAUCGAUGACACAAUACAAUAAACGCACAGAAAACGAAGGAUCAAAUCCGAACAAAGAACGCGAAGUUAACGAGGACAUGAAUCUUAACACAGAACGUGAAGAUAACGAGGAAUCGAAUAUAAACAAUGUACACGAAGAUCACAACAAAACAUACAUCGUUGUUGAAGACAGAGAGGGUACUGACCCAUUCUGUGUCAAAGGUGACAGCGGAUCAAUGGUAUGUGCGGACGACGAAGACGGCAAUCAUGUACAAUUAAUUUCAACCGUGAUGGGUGAAAGGGAAAAAGGAUCUUAUACAACACUUCGCUUAACAAAAGCAAUUGCCAAAUUAGAAGAGCAGACAGAGAGUCAGAUAUAUUUUCUAGAUUGAGAGGUUAACGCUGCGCCCCCAAUAUUUAUAAGCUGUAUGAUUUAUAUAGGGGGAUUCUAUCUUUGAAGUGAGUAGUUUAAUGAAUAGAUGAUUUGACUUAGUGUUACCAAAUUUAUAUUUCAUCUACGUCUGUUGAAGGUUCGCUGUAUUUAAUGUAGAUUUCGUGCAAUUUCUUUCAUCAAUCACAGUAUAUUGAUUUUACUAUUGAAUACCAAACAUAUGUAGAGACCGUAUAAGAGUUCUUCGCGCACUUUGAUUUUUGUAAAUAAAAUUGGAUGCAUACGUGCACCGGUAACAAGUUAAAACGUAACCAAUGGACUUUAUGUCUAGGAAUCAUUGGAAUGAACGAAUGGCAGUCGAUCUUUAUUUUCUCUUUGGACAUCAGGUAACAUGGCUGCCACGUAAGAAAACAAAAACAUCAAGCCAUUUGAAAAAAAAAACCCAACAAACUUCGUAAAUACAUCUCAAAAAGCAAGAAAUUUGCUACAGAUACGUAUAAAAAGGAUAUCAUUGUAACAAGCGAGUUAAAAACAAAUUAAAUAUACAUAAGAGUGAAGUAUUGGACGAUCAACCUAUUCUCUUUGUUUGAAAAUCUUCGCGGGUCAGUUGAUCCGAAAACAAUAACACAAACAUUUACCUUUAAUAUCUACUACGAAUAAUGUCCGAAACCCUUGGUACUUCAAAUCUAAAGCGGGGACAUAUAGAGAUCGUAAGUCCAUCUGAACAGGGCCAGCAUCACGCUGGAGCCCCAGACCCGACCCGCUCUAAAAUGUUGUCCCCUGACGUGCACCUCCAUGCGCCACAACAAGUACCUGUGCCCCUUGAUCAAAAUCAACAACCACCCCAGGUGUCACUCUGCUGAACACCGUCGAUAUAAUUACAUCGGUGGUAUCAAGCCCUCAGAUAACAGAACAAAUAAAAUUUGCCAUGAUCCUAGUUAUAUCAACUAUAGCAGAAACCGUAGUUAAACCUGUAGCUGAAAAUCGGAAUAAAUGUUUGUCUGACAUACAAGAAAAAAAGCAGAAACAAUCAAACCCAUCUGAACUCUCAAUCUAAUAAAAAUAAAAAGCCUUGAUUAAGAAAAUUAAAAGAAAUCCUAAUACAAAACCAACAGCAAGGUAUUAAUAAUAUUGUCAAACAAAUUCUCAGACCAGGAACAAUACAGCAGGAGAAAUAUUCUCAGAUUCCACAACGUUUAUCUAAAUGAAACAGUCGUAAAGCCUGGUGAAUCUUCUGAGACCAGAAAAAAAUCAACUGAUGAUGCAGUACUUGAAACCUGCCAGAAAAUUGGUCCCAUCAGUGUUAAAAUAUUAGAUAUAGACAGAAGUCAUACAACUGGAAAAGUUAAUAAGAAUGGCAAUUACCAAAUAAUCUGUAAAGUUGUGAGCUACAGAAACAAAAGUGUUGUCUACAAAACAAAUCUGAACUUAAGAAAGGAAAAACAGAAGACUUUAGUUUAAUUGUCAUUGAAGACCUACCCAAAUCAAGCAGCUUAUUAUAAACAGACUGGGGAAACUGAGGAAACUCAGGAAUUCAUCUGACUUUGUUGCUACUAUUAUACAAUUUGCUUGAUACAUGAACUCAUCUGACUAUCAUGUUACUUAAGAAAUAAUAUAUCUCAUUUAGUGAUUUGUCUCUAAGUAAAUCAUUGUUUGGAGUUAAGAUGAGUGGGAAUUAUAUCACGAGGGCUCAGCCCGAGUGACAUAAUAAUACGCAUCUGAACGACAAACAAUGAUUUUAUUGAAGAGCAAAUCACUAAAUGAUAUAUAUUAUUUCGAUUCUAACACGUUACCAAGGACUUUAAAGUACAUCCUUGACGACAUUCACUAAAUAUUUGCCCGUUUUCAACACUGGCACCAGAACAGAAAGAAAAUGCCUCUGUACAUGCAAUACCAACCCCCUAGGUAUUCUAUAAGAACCAUGGUCAUGAAGGGGAAAAUAUACUAACCCGUUUCAAUCGCACAUUUCAUACCUAAAACACGCAGUUCGGUAAAUGUGUACUAUUGAUAUCAAACAAGUGGUAAUUUAUCUUUCUUUUGUGUACCGGUCACAUUUCUUCAAUACAUUUUAUCUUAGAAAAACAACGCGUAGUUUAUAGUUAUUUCAACGUUACACAAAAAACUUGCUUGAACUUCCCUGGUGAAGUUCCGGUCUAGAUUACAAAACCAUUCUGAUUGGCUAAUGUGAAAAUGUAUGUCAAUCGUCAUUUUACUACACGUGUUCGCUAAAAUGUGAAAAUGCAGCAUAAAUGUGCAAAAUGAAUAAAAUAAACAGAACAGAUGCAGGCCAAUGUACGAUUUCAAAUUGAAGAUCAUUUUACAAGAUGAAUUUCAUUCAUCAUUUCGGGUUUUAUUGUAAAAAUGUGAUUUUUUUAAAUUCUGUUUUUGUUUGUUUACAUUUCGCCAAAUAUGUGCACACUGCCGUGACCUCUAGACCGGAAGUUCAUUAGGGAAGGUCAAGCAAGUUUUUUUCUGUAACGUUGACGAAAGCAUAAAAUAUGUUGAUAAUCUCAGCAAUAUGGAAUAUUGAGCCAACGUGACUGGUACACGAUGGAAGAUAAAUUAUCGCUUGUUUAAUAUACUAGGUACCCAUUCACCGAACUGCGCGUUUAAGUUGAGAAAUUUACGAUUGAAACGGGUUAGUAUAUUUUCCCGUUCAUGACCAUGGUUCUUAUAGAAUACCUAGGGGCAGGGUAUAACAUGUACAGAGGCAUUUUUCUUCUGGUCUGGCGCCAGUGGUUUUCAAUGGGGUUCUUUUCCAGAACGCCGCUAUAACCUUUUGACGCUAUGACGUAAUAAUUGUGACGUAAUAAUAAUGCACUGUUUUCAGCCUUCUUUGUUUAAUAGAAAAAUGAAUCGGAUCAUGCUUGAUACAUGAAUUUAUCUGACUAUGUUGUUACUGUUAUACAAUUUACUUGGUACUUUUACUCAUCUGACUAUGUUGUUAUUAUUAUACAAUGUGCUUGGUAAAUGAACUUAUCUGACUAUGUUGUUACUAUUAUACAAUUUGCUUGGUACAUGAACUCAACUGACGUAUAUUUUCUAUAUAUAAUGUAGGUACUAUGAAUUAUCAAUUUGCAUAUCAAAUUUAUCUAUUUAAACUACCUUACCUUCUUGCCACUAUACAUGAUCUCAUUUGACAAUGUUGUUAAUAAAAGGUAUGUUUUCUUGAUAAACUAUGUUAGGUACUACAAACAUGAAAUAUCAAUGUGGUACUACAUAUAUAAAUUAUUAUUUUGUAAACUCAA